UCGUAGGCACAACAUAACAGUCGUCAUACAAUAGCGCUCUGUAAACGGUCUGAGAACAUAUAAUAUAUUGAAAACAAUUUAUAAAAAGGCUAAAGAGCGAGCGAGUGAGAGGUGUACAAUUGUUGUGUUCGUACCUUGUUUAAAUUGGUAUUGUUUCAUUCAGGGCGGAAUUGUGUUGAAUGAAGUGAAAACUGGAUAUUCAUAACUUGUAUACUUUGAGUUGUGGAUGGUCGGAGAUUGUCGUGCAGAGAAAUCAGUCUGUACGAAGCUGUUGAAGUGAAUAGAAGUACAAAUAACUGCACUGAAAAAUAGUAAAGAACCGUAAAGGGAAGAAAAUAAGAAAUACUAUGAAUAUUUCACAGAACAAAGAAGCAUAAUAUCAGAUAAACAAACGUGAAAAGCAAUAAGAAGUAAUAGUGUCAAAGUUAUUUCGAAGAAUAUUAAAGAAUAAUAGUGAGAAGUAAAUAUAGAACAUAAAGUUACGUGAAAGUGAAAAGUUAUAUAAAAAUUCAAAAUACCAGAAUGACGACUUUGUCUUCACAUCCAAAUUACGGUUUCCAUCUAAGCCAGGCUUUGGACGUACCCACUCCAGGCGAUUAUGCUCCACAAAAUAAUCUCAAUCCCACCGAUAUGGAUAUAAAGCGUGUAAUGCAUUUUUCGCAAACUGGUAGCUUAGCUGCUAUUUCUGCAGCGAUGGGCGGCUCUCCAGUAGGCGGUCAUGCAGCCAGCAACGGUAACUCCAUCAUGGGUACAGCCAGUAUGGGUCAUAUGGGUAGUGGAAGUGGCAGUCUUGGUGGCAAUAUGAACAGUGGCUUACAUCACUUAGCUGGUGGCAAUCAUCAUAUGCAAACUGCCGUCGGCCAUCAGACACUCUCGCCCAACUCCUCAAUCGGUUCUGCUGGCAGUAUUGGAAGUCAAAGUUCAAUUGGUGCUUUAGGUCAUGGUCAGGGCAAUAAUGGUGGUGGCAGUAUCCACCAUCAUCCUACAUCGCCGGGUCAGGAAGGCCACAUUAAACGACCAAUGAAUGCUUUUAUGGUAUGGUCUCGUCUACAGCGUCGUCAAAUCGCUAAGGACAAUCCAAAAAUGCACAACUCGGAGAUUUCUAAACGUCUUGGUGCUGAAUGGAAACUGCUAGCUGAAUCUGAGAAACGUCCCUUUAUCGACGAAGCCAAGCGUUUACGCGCACUACACAUGAAAGAGCAUCCCGAUUACAAAUAUCGCCCACGACGUAAGCCAAAGAAUCCGCUCGCUGGUGGACCACAAGGACUACAAAUGCAAGCCGCACAAGCUCAACAUAAAUUGGGUGGUGGUGCAGGCGGAGCUGGUUCUGGUGCCUAUAAUCCUUUCCAUCAAUUACCACCAUAUUUUGCGCCUUCACAUCAUCUUGACCAGCCGUACCCAGUACCGUAUUUCGGUGGUUUUGAUCCCUUGGCACUUUCGAAAUUGCAUCAAACACAGGCUGCAGCCGCCGCAGCUGCUACAAAUCAAACUCACAAUGUACUGGAGGCUCAAAAAGCUCCUCAGUUGCCACCAACGACACUAAGCAGCUUUUAUUCCGGCAUCUAUUCAGGCAUAUCAGCGCCUUCCUUAUAUGCCGCACACUCGGCAAAUGCAGCGGCGGGGCUCUACAAUUCAUCGUCGACAUCAUCGCCAGGCUCUUCGCCCGGUACAAUCACACCCAACGGCAUGGAAUCAUCAGUGUCAUCGGCGAUGGACAAUGCGCUGAGGCGACCGGUGCCGGUGCUGUAUUAGAUAAUAAGCAAAAAUAUUUGUAGUUUUUAAUGUAGAAAGUACAAUUGGCGUUCAAUGCGCUUUGUUAAAUUUUUUAUUAAGAACCAAUACCUCGAGAGGCCCCGGAGUUAUUAUAUGUAUGUGUGUAGAUACAUAGACACACUGGGUAAUAUACCAAAAUGUAUUUAUUAACAAUAUAAUGUAUUGGAAGUAGACACAGAUUCCUUUACCAAGUUAUCAUGUGAUUUAAGUUGUAGCUAAAAUUAAAUGUCAUAUUAUUACUUA